UGAUGGAUGCUAAAAAAUUAAUGGACUGGUCAAAAAUGAAGUGGCUUUAUAUCAACUUGAUUUAAUAGUGAAAGCAUUUUAAAGUUAUCAUAAUAUAUUUUAGUGGAUAAUAAACUUAGACAUCGUUUACGUUGUAAAAGUAAUGGUUGUUUGCUUCAAGGCCUUGCGAUGGCAAAGAAAAGGAAACCAGCAACGCAACUCGCUGCUCGGCGGUCUGCCCGCCGUGGGAAGCAGGUCAAUAUUGGGCAGGUUGGCUUGGAAGGCGAAACAUCUACCACAAUAGACGCGACAACCUCCGAUACACAAUCUAAACCUCCCGAGACAUCCAGUGCAAAGGUUGAAGAGACGAGUACAUCAAUUGCACAACUGUCUCAAUCUCAAAAUUGGAAUCCCACUGUUAAAAUUUGCCCACCUGUAGGUUUACAUAAGAAAUUUGGUAAAUACCGUUGUUUAUUCAACAGUGAUGUAACUAUGAGUAGAAAGAAUGAAGUAUGUAGUGAUAGUGAAACAAACAGUAGUAUUGAUAUAAAAGUAGUGGACCUUUGUGGUAGUUCAGAGUCUGAUUCAAACACUGCAAUAGAGAUUCAAUCAGAUACAAAUAGUUCUGCAAGCCCCAGUCCACUGAAUAUUGUGUCAAACCCACAACAAAGUCAUAGCAACAUACCACUGCCUACAUCAUCACAAUCUUCUGAAGUAUCAGUGGUAAAUGAGCUCUCUGUGGUAAGUAUUGAAAACAAUGUGCCGCAAAUUCCUUUGCCAUCAGAUGCAUCUAUAAUUGAAAAUGAGGACCAACCAGUAAGUGAUAAAGAAAAUGAUAAAGAAAUGCAGGACAAAAACAUUCCAUCUGUAGAACAAAUUGAGUAUGCUUGUGAUGAUGAGGAAAUUAUUACCGUAGUUCAAAUUGUAGAGGACGAAAAUCAAGAACUUUAUUAUGACAUUAAAAUAGAUAGUCCAAAAAAUGAGGCUACAAAAGAAACAAAUGAAGAUGAAGAGUGCAAAAUUUAUGAUUCUGAUUUCCAGAAACACUUUGAAAAUCUUAAUCUCACCGCUGAAUCUAGGUCUAACACACAUUCACCUAUGGAUUGCUCAGAACUUGGUUACAUGCAAACAUCUCAUUGCAAUACACCAGAUAUAUUUUCGAAAGAAAACUCUAAUGAUUUAACAAGACCUGAUCCAAGCUUAACACCAAGUUCAAUAUUAUCUGAUGAGAGCAACUCAUCAAGAGUGACAGAACAAACACAAAACAAUUCCAAUGAUUCUGCUGAAUCAUCACCAACUGGUGUCAGACGUUCAAACCGCAUAAAGACAAUCAGCAAUUUAAAACAAAAAACUAAAGGAUAUGGUUUAGUCAAAACACCACUAAAGAAAGCUUUAAUUACUCAAACGAAGUUAAAACUAGAAGAAUUAGGUUCAGAUAGUCAAGAAAAAAUAGGAGAAAGUAUAACAAAUGUUACACCACUCUCCUCACAGUUCCCUAUACCUUCAGAAAUGCCUGUCAAAGUCAAAUCUCGUUGGAGGAGGUCAAGUGAGCUAGAAAUGGGUGCAAGCUCGCCAGCCAUUUCACCUUUAGCUAGUCCAGGUCUACCUCAACGUUUACUACCAUUAACCGAGGAACAGACUCCUACCGAUGUGGAACAGGCUGCUGUGGCGUUAACUAAAGAAGCAUAUGAUAAAAUAAUUGAAGAGAGAAUGAAUCAAUUUCAGCAUUUGGAUGAGAAUGAGUAUUUGUGUGAUCGUAUGAUCAGUAGAGAUACAAAAAAGAUGAUUUGUGAUUGUUUUAUGACCAAAGAAGAGUUGGAACGAGGAGAGUUGGCUUGCGGUGAAGACUGUCUUAAUAGACUCCUUAUGAUUGAAUGUAACUCCAGAUGUCCAGUUGGUGAUCGUUGUACAAAUAGAAGAUUCCAGAAUAAGGAAAAUGCGACUCUUAAGGUUUUUUAUGCAGAUAAGAAAGGAUGUGGAGUGGAAGCUGGUGCUGAUAUUCCAUCAGGUGAAUUUCUAAUGGAAUACGUAGGUGAAGUUUUGGACUAUGAACAGUUUUAUAAGAGAGCACAGUCAUAUUCUGAUGAAAACAACCUACAUCACUAUUUCAUGUCACUGAAAGGUGACACAGUUAUUGAUGCGACAUUGAAAGGCAACAUAUCAAGAUUUAUCAAUCAUUCAUGUGAACCAAAUGCGGAGACACAGAAGUGGACAGUCAAUGGAGAACUCAGGAUAGGAUUUUUCAGCAAACGAGAAAUUCCAGCGGGUGAAGAGAUCACUUUCGACUAUCAGUUUCAACGUUUCGGCAAGGUGGCGCAGCGGUGCUACUGCGGCGCGGACAACUGCCGCGGCUGGAUCGGCGCAGAACCCGACUCUGAUGAUGAUGAUGAUGAAGAGGAGGAGGAAGAUGUAUCAACAUCAAAGACUGGUUCCGCUGAGUCAGAGGAGUUACGUGAAACAGACGCGUCGUCAGAGCAGCCACAGCCACGUGUUCGCAAACCUAAGCGUAACAGAAAGUACAAACCAAAGGCUCCUGACCUUGUUCAAGACGCUGAUAUCGAGGAGGACCUAGAAGCACUAGGUCACAGCGGUGUUAAGAACCAGAGCCACACGUUACGUCUAUCCCGUACUGUUGUGCGAGCGAAGACCAGACCUGCACAGACCGCAUUACUCCGGCUGUUGAGGGAUGCAGACCUGCCUUGUCGACGGCUCUUCCUUGAUUACCGUGGACUGAGACUCCUGGCACCGUGGUGUUCUGAUGCCUCUACUGAAUUCAGGCUGGAAAUGCUUCUAACUGUGGACCGUUUGCCGAUCACCAACAAAACAAUGGUACAAGAGAGCCGCUUCUUUACGAUCGUGGAGAGAUGGCGCAGCGCCGGCGUCCCUGCACCAGAUCCUGUCUUCAUUGAUGAAGCUACAGGCCUACCAGUGGAAUUGGGAAAUAGAACAGCUCAGGAUGCAGCAGCACAGGCCGAGAAGAACAAAGAGAAUGCAGCUAUGCUAGAAAAAGUCAGGGAUCUGUCCAGUCAGUUGCUAGAAAGAUGGUCCAGUUUAAAGGAGGUGUUCAAAAUUCCGAAAAAGGAAAGAAUACAGCAGAUGAAGGAACACGAACGUCAAGCGAACGUUGAGAGAAGAGCUGCAGACUCGAGCGGCUCGCGGGAGCGGGAACGAGAGCGAGAACGGCGCGACGAGCGAGAGAGACGGGAUGACAGGGAGCAUCGUGAGAGAGAACGGGAAAGGGAGAGGGAAAGAGAGCGAGAGCGCGAACGCGAGAGGGAGAGAGAGCGCGAACGCGAGAGAGAGCGGGACCGCGACCGCGACAGGUACAGGGAGCGAGAGAGAGAGCGAGAUAGGGAGCGGGACAGAGAAGACAGAGAUAGGAGAAAAAGAAGAAGCAGUCCAGAAGCGAGAAGAAGUAUACGUUUGAACGAGCGUGUCCUGGCUGCUGUGCCACCUCUGAGCAAGGAGGAGCGGAGGCGCGCGUUUGCGGAGGCUGCUGCUGCGGCGGAGGAGGCGCGCCGCACACGGGACCCUCCCACAUGGCCUUACUGGACCCAGCACGAUGCUUUCCAACAGAUGUUCCAGCCUGGUAUGAUGGGUGGUGCGCCAAAUAUGUUGGGUCAGAUGAUGCCGGGUCUGGUGCCAGGGAUGCUGCCGCAGGAGACGCAGAGUGAGUGGCUCAAUCCCAGCGGGGAGUUCCAGGGCCAGCCCGCUUUCGUUCCGUCUUUCCCGGGUGCACAAUUCUGUAUGCCACAGCAUAACAUGAUGGGCUUCGGAAUGGGCGGUUUCAUGUUUGGGCAACAAAUACCACCGUCGUUCCCCACGAGGCCGGGACAGGUGCCCACGCAACCCACCCAGCCUACGAUGUCCACGCAGUCGGCUAUGCCCACUAUGUCCACGCAGCCGGGUAUGACGGCGCAGCCCACGUUGCCCAAUAUCCAGUCACAAAGAUUGCCCACGCUACAAAUGCAGGCACAGCAGAAUGCUAACCAGAUGUCUCUGGGAGCACAAGGAGGUGAGAAGGAGGUGGUGCUGCCGUCACUAUGGCGCAGUGCAACAGACGCUCGCGGCCGCACAUACUACUACCAUGUGAAGUUACGUCGCCCGCAGUGGUUGCUGCCAGCGCCCGACCCUGUUAAUGUAUUUGUAGAGGAGAGUUCAUCAGAGGAGGAGGUGGAAGCUAUGAGCGCACUGGACACGGCCGUGGUGCGACGUCAGGUGAAGGGCAAGCUGGUAGAAGGAGUUAACGGCAUUUAUGAAGUGAUAAAAGAGGAUUCUAACAAUGGUCUGAUACCGGAUCACGCUCUGGUAUCCCUAAAGCCGAGGAAACGUCGGCCCGGUCUUGUAUCUGAACGUCCCAUUAGCCCACGCACUGAGGAGGACAAGUUAGCAGGUCGUAUGGAAGUAAAGCGGUACAAGCAGACGAAGGAGAAGCUGCGCCGGCGCAAGGAGCGGCUGCUGCAGCGCGUGCGUCUGCUGGCAGCAGCACGACCCCGCAAGCACCAGCUCAAGAUCACAGAUAUAGAAGAUUUCGAAACUGACUCUGAAGAUGAUUCUGAUGAUGGUACUAACGAGAAGUCAAUCAACCUUGUAUCAUCGCCGGCGGACGAGGUCGAGGCUCAGGAGGAGGAGGAGGUGGAGACCAAAGAGGUGGUGGACUCGGAGGAGGUGGCGCGCAAGAUCAAGGAGCAGUUCCGCAGCAACAUGGCGCGCGUCAUGGUGCAGCAUCUCAACCCGUACCGACAUUCGGAUGCUCCCGCUGGCAGGAUCACGUGUACGGCAGACUUUAAACAUCUCGCUAGAAAGUUGACACAUUUCGUGAUGCUAAAAGAAUUAAAGCACUGUCGGUCAGUGGAAGAGCUGAUAGUGACUGACUCGGUGCGGACCAAAGCUAAAACGUUUGUGCGCAAGUACAUGGCCAAGUUUGGUCCAGUGUACCGCCGUCCACCUGAGGAGGCUGACUAGCGAGAGCUUGCGCGUUAUUACAACGCGAUCAAAUCUCACUGUGAAAAACAAUACAAAGUUAUCAUUGAUAAAUUAAUUAAGUGAUUCAAAGUGUAGUGAACAAAGUGUUAUAUUGUGAUUUGUGAUAAAUGAAAAACAUGAG